AUGGAUGCUUAUCCUCACGACUACAUCGUGCACAACCUGCCUUUACUUCUCUUGUCCGGCAUUGCGCACCAUGACCAUAACAGCCCCCCUGCCAACGCCGAGUAUCCUUCUCUUCACGAUAGAGGCACCUCAAUUGACUCAGAUUUCCCGCUGUUGACAGGCCCGCUUGUGGAGAGCUUGCGGGACGCCUUCAUCGACCACGAUGCCUCUGACGCGCCUUGGAGAGCUCCAAUUGACGCUGGACGAUCAAGUGGGAUUCCCCUGAGGAUCAAAGCCGUUGGAAGAUCUCAUCGUCUUCCUCCCCAAAAAGCUGAAUUUCCUUCCGAGGCAGACAUUUCCGCUUCUUCUGUCGUCCCUAUCGUGCAUUCUCCGAUCUCGCCAUUGACACCUGGCUCACCGACUUUCCCCGAUGGGAUUCUUACGCCUUUGUGGAUGCUUAAACAUCAGGACCUGGUUCCAGCAGCCGUAGUCAAUAUCUUUCCCAUCACGGCUGAUCCCAGCAUGAGCACGUUGAGAGACAACCAGCUGAAAAUCGAGCUCAGAGGACUGAGGGAAUCAUGGACUGCCUCUGGUUAUCGGUCUCGGUUUGUCGUGAUCUUGGUGGCUGAAGAUGGCAUCUCUACACAGGAAGUGGAAGACAGAGUUGCCAAUAUUCGCAGGGCUACAAGUUUGGACCCCAGGUCUAUGCAUGUUUUAUACAAUGAUCUAUCAACUGUGGAGGUGAAAGAUUUCGUGCGAUCGUUCUUGUCCUCUCUUCAGCCUUCCCUUGUGGAUUAUUAUCGAGACCUAUCAAAACAUGCUCGACGGAAACGCAACAGAGGAACCAUACCUCCACCGACAGUGCCUCCUACGCGAGGGACAUCACAGACACUGUCAAUGCAAGGUUGGAAUGUACGCUACGAAUUCAAACUAGGCGUAUUUGCCGAGUUUCGCCAGGAAAUGGAGGCUGCUCAGCGUAACUUCGAGGCUGCCUAUGAGACCCUAUUUGGACAAGAGGUUUUUGAGUCAAUCGCUGGAUGGAGUCCGAGAUUCAGCGAUGCUCGACUUUUAGGUGAUAUUCUGGCCAUUCGCAUUAUUCGCUGUCUGCUUUGGACUAGCCAACCCACUGCUGCUGUCCGAUUUUGGCUAAGCCACAAGAAUUAUGUAGAGGACAUUGUCAGUCGCAGGGGCAAAGGAACGAAGAACUAUGGAUGGGAAGCGUGGAAUGCGAGAUGGUCGACUGUCAUGGCUCAACUCAUUUCACGGGUCGAGCUGCCUGCAUUUUCGUCCGAUUUUCUUCAGAAUCCUGCACGGCUAUACGAUUCAAUUUUCCACCCGCCUGAAAAGGGCUUUUCAGGGGAUGAGAGUCUGCUGCCGUGGGAAUUUCUCCAUCACCAAGGCUACUGGCUUGACCGUUCGGCAAGACAUACAGUUAAGCGCCAGGAGCUCGCAGAACAGAUCCCCGAGGAGCACAGAGUCUCCGCGGACAAGUCUCCUGCGUCGCAAGCCGUUGCUCAGUCGCAAUUCUACGACACUUACUUGGCUCCUGAACCAGCCGCGGAAGCCGCAAUCGUCAAUGGCCCUACAUUCGAUCACACCACUUUGAUAAUACAAACGCUAACGGAAGCACUGAAACAUUUUGCCGCGCGGGAUCAGAUAAGGAAAGUGGAAAGUUUAAGUCUAGAAAUCGCACAGUUUCACAUGAAUGCCAAGCAAUGGCAUGAGGCCUACGAUAUCCUGAAACCUCUUUGGCCUCGUCUGACAUGGAGGCAGAGCGGUUGGUGGGACUUAUUGAACGAAUUCGCGUGGAUGAUGAGAGCCUGUGCCCUUGAGCUUGAAGAUAUUGAUGCUUUAGUAUGGAUUCACUGGGAGCUCCUCAGCAAAGGUUCGGCCAUCCCUAGUAUCUGCAAAUGUCUCGAUGGCGUAUCCGUUGACAGUCCUAAACCAACCAUAGUUCUCAAAGCCGAAGAUGUCAUCCCCUGCUUGUCGGCCUCAUUGGUGUUCCAGAAAAGCGAGGGCAAUGUUGGUGAACCGCUACAGCUGCAAUUAGCCAUCGUUUCUCAUGCACAUCAACAUUCUGCGCCAAUAAGGAUAUCCGAAGUCAAAGUUGUCUUUGAGGGAAGCCUACGGCCCAUUAAAAUAUACGCACAAGACAUUGAGGAAGAAACAACCGAGCCCGUGUCUCGAAUUCUUAGCUUGAAAUUACGCGAUUCAACCAAUUCGACUGACUCUUCGACACUUUUAUCGCCAACGGGGCCUAUGGCGUCGAUGAUGGGUCAAGCUGACUUGAAUAUCCGGCCUUCCGAAACAAGAGUGUUCAAUAUGACUGCUAUACCUCGUGAACCUGGUGAAUCACGAGUAGCAUCAAUCACGCUAGCGAUUGAAGAAGAAAAGUUUAAUCUGCUCCAUGUGAUAACAAAGCACGAGCAAGACAUGUCCUUUUGGUGGAGAGAUGGUCCUGGGGGGCCAAACAAGAAGAGAAUAGGCAAAGGACGGAAUACGGCCGCUUGCAAGAUCCUUCCAAAACCCCCGAAUAUCCGCAUUCAACUACCGAAUCUCAAGAAGCACUAUUAUACCAAUGAGCGGGUCAGCCUGGCUGUGGCCAUACAAAACAACGAGGAUGAUGUUGCGGAGGUGACAAUGCAGGUCAGAGUAUUGGGGCAGGCUGACUCGGCACUCAAUGUAUCCUGGUCUGACGACGCUGAUGAGACUACUGAUGUUGGUGGUGUCAGCGUUGAGAACACCGACCACUUGAAGUCUCGAUCGAUCGGAACCCUAGCUCCGGCUGCUACCUCUGAGGUCCCAAUCAUUCUGUCCAACACAACAGAAGCGUUGGAAUACGAUAUCGAAAUAUCACUCCAUUAUUAUUUGAUGUCUGAUCCAGAAACACCAAUUUCCAAAUCGGUCUCGGCUAGGCUGGCUUUCGUGAGACCAUUUGAAGCAAAUUACGAUUUUCUUCCACGAAUACACCCCGCUUCCUGGCCUAAUUUAUUCCAGGUGGACCAAGGCUUGGCCGAUGAUAAAUCCAAUAAACCCGAGGGAUUGCAGCAAAGAUGGAGCGUCAGUCCCAAGAUUGUCUCAUUCGCAUCGGAACCCCUCGUUAUUGAAAAUGUACGCCUAGGCCUUGUGGAUAUUCAGGGCGGGGCAAUAUGUGAAUUUGGCUCGGAAAGUUUGAUCACGCCAGAAACAUCCCAAAUACAACCAGAGGAGCUACGAGCAUCAGAAUUUAUUCUCAAUGUACAGAAAACCAGUCUCGAUGACCGAAGGUCUGUCACGCUCGAACUCUCGCUGAAUGUAGAAUGGCGAAGAUUGUCGUCGUCGUCAUCAUUGGAUCAAGUUGAGGCUACCACAGUAUCAACUCUGGCCAUGCCACGUUUUCUGAUACCUAUGGGUGAGCCUCGAGUUCUCGCGUCCGCAUCACCCUCAAAAGAGGUUCUAGGCUUAGUACAUCUGUAUUAUACCCUUGAGAACCCGUCAAUGCACUCUUUGACUUUCAAUCUUACCAUGGACGCGAGCGAGCAUUUCGCGUUCAGUGGAGCUAAGACGAGAGCCCUUCAGUUGGUUCCUCUUAGCAGGCACACAGUUCAAUAUAACGUAUUCGCUUUUAAGCCUGGCAUGUGGAUCCAGCCGCAUCUUGUUGUGGUUGACACUUACUUCAACAAGACCCUUCGUGUGCUGCCCACAGAGGGGAUGCGAGCGGACAAGAAGGGCGUACUUGUUUGGGUUGAUUCUGAUGCGUGGCAUGACACUGGCCCUGACGAGCCCAUCACCCAGCCCACCAACCGAGGAAAUAAAUUACGAGUGAAUGCCAAAUAUGUUCAAGAAGGUGCCCUGGGAUUUUCAAAUCCCCGCGAAUAUCAUAAACGGAAAGUCGAGCAUGCCGGAUACACACGUUAUAUUUUGCGCCGAAACCCUCCACGCUACGAUUCUGAAGGUGACGAGAUUGAUGAGAACGAAGAUGCGGAUUCUGAGACCGAGGCUGCUGCGGCAGAAGAGAAUCCCUUCUCAGAGAUUGCUCUUGAGCAUAUUCUAUGUCCUCUCAAACAAGCAUCAGAGCUCCCGGAUCACCCCACACUAUCCCAGCCUUACAGGUCGAAUGCACUUCCAACAAUGAUUGAAGCUGUGGACGAAAAGCUGCGAAACGAACGCGCACUUUUGGCGCGCGCGCAUAAUUUGCAUCGACAGUUUCUGGGCGACUCGGUAUGGAUGCCCUGUGGGACUGUGGAAUCGGAAGAAGAUCCUUAUAUAUUUAGACCUCGACCUGCUGGGGUUUCCACUAAAUGGAAAGCUGCCUUGGAGUCGCAAACGAACUCAAAUCAGGCUGAAAAUUACAUUAAUGGCGACAGUAAUGCACAUAUGGAUACGGAACCAGGUACUCGAAACGAGCGCAACUCAGGCGAUGAUAUUGAAAUGACAGAAACUCCAGUGUCUGAGACAGAAAAUGGCCUGGAGACUAAAAAACCCAAAGAAGAGGAUGUUUUUUCAGUCAAAGGUUUACCAAGCCAUGGCGACAUUGAUCUAUCGGCGAGAGAGAAUAAAAAUGGUGAUAUCAAUAAGAAAGAGCAGGGGUCUGACAUUAUGCGAGCGUCUCCGCAAGCGCUAGAUGCUGAAGGCGCCGAUACCGUCAUGGAAGACGUGCCCGCAGAAUCGGGAAGCGUGAGAGAUAACGAAGGCAACUCAUCGCCCGAGCCUCCAAGGCGAAUGACGACUCGAGCGCGAGCAAAUGCAUCUACAUCGAAUGGAAAUGGCGCCAGCGGCAGCUCGCGAUACACAUCUCCUGACGUGACGGCACAGCAGACAUCAUCUGCUCAUCCCAUUUUCCUCGUCUCUGAAAACAUACGACCAGACAAAGAUUUUGGACUUCCCCCCAACGAAGCAGAGGACACCAGGCGACUACUAUGGUCAUAUAUUCAAAAGCAAGAAGAAACCGUCCGCGGUUUCACAUACAUGCUCAACUCAUUACGAAGAGCCGAGCAAUUGAAAGAAGAUGUCUUUGAAUCAUGCAAGACAGAAGGCCACGUUGGUGAACUGAGUGAUGGCGAGGAUUGGUAUGACAGGGAGAAAUGGGGACUCGGCGAAGGGGAAGACCUCAAGAAGGGCGCUGAUGACGAUGAUGUCGAUAACAAUGUUGACGAAGGGCGUACCACGGGGAAGAGAGGACGCAGACGGCAAUAA